GGGCGCAACUCACCUCCAAACAUCGCACCGAGCUGACUAGAUCCAAAAGUCAACUUCCGCGUAGCAUUGGCCAGAGGAGCUUCAAGAUGAUCCAUCAACGCAAAGAAUUCUUCUUUCUUCUUUUGCUUUGUUUCCCUUUGAGCCGUGGGCAGUCUGAGUGUCCAACGGGCUGGCUGGAGCACGGGGGCAAGUGUUACUACUUCUCCAGCGACACCAAGACAUGGAAGGAGGCAAAUGCCUUCUGUUUGUCACAUGACAGCAAGCUGACGAGCAUUUUGGAUGCCGACGAGAAGGACUGGCUGAGGACAACAUUCAGACAGGGCAAGGCUUGGCUGGGCCUGACGGACGAGCACACGGAGGGAGUGUGGAGUUGGACUGAUGAAAGUCUCUUCACCGAAUCGAUGGCGAACUGGGGUGAAGACCAGCCAAACAACUAUGCCGGAGGGAAGCGAGGUGCACACUGUGCCGCCAUGGUGACCCGCCUUGAGGGUCGCUGGUUCGACUACGACUGCGACAGCAGCACAGUCAACUACAUCUGCAAACGGGCCAACCUCGAGUCCAUUGUGUGUAGCGUUGUUUUAGGUAAGGAGCCGUGA